AAAACGUAGUUGUUGUCGUUAUCAGCAUGGUGCGCUGCACAUGAUGGAUGGGGGAGCACCAGAGCUUUGAUUUAUUAUUGCAACGCAGUAUCAGAUUUUUUUAAAUUACAAAACAUAUAUUUUCACGGAUUUGCAACAUUUGAAGUUGAUAAAGGAAAAAGUAAUUAAAAAUCGAUUUCUAUCCGAGAAACGAAAGCGAAAUGUUUGUUCAAUAUGGUCUUUCAUUGUCAGUAGUAUAUUCUUUAUUAGUUUAAUUGUCUUAAGCCUUUUGGCACUUGCCUGCAUUCCAAUUCAGCUGCUUAAGUUUCUUUGCUACCCACAGCCAUGAUCCUCUUGUUUAAGAUGAAAUCUUAUCGUCUUUGGACUCGGUUCUUUUGCACUAGUUUCAAUCGAUUUGAUUUUAAUUUCCCUAAAAAUUCUCGCGUCUUCUCUCACUUUUCCGGUGAUUUUGAGCCGGAAUCAUGGAAAUCUAUGAAGGGUCUUUUGCGUUGCUCUGCAAAUUACGUUCCUUUGUCUCCUAUAAGCUUCUUGGAGAGAGCUGCCAAGGUGUAUAGAGACAGAACCUCUGUUAUAUAUGGUUCUGUUAAAUAUAGUUGGAGUGAGACUUAUGAGCGUUGUCUCAGGCUGGCUUCUGCCUUAACUGAUCAGUUGGGAAUUUCCCGUGGCGAUGUGGUUGCGACUCUGGCCCCUAAUGUUCCAGCAAUGUAUGAGCUGCAUUUUGCAGUCCCAAUGGCAGGAGCAGUUCUUUGUACACUUAAUGCUCGUCUUGACUCGAACAUGGUUUAUGUCCUGUUGAAACAUUCAGAAGCUAAGGUCAUUUUUGUUGAUUAUCAGUUGCUUGAUAUUGCACGUGGCGCCCUUGAUUGUCUUGCAAAGACUGAACCAAAACUACCCAUGCUGGUCUCCAUUUCUGAAUCUGAGGGUUGGUCGCCCACUGGCCUCACUUCAAACACUUAUGAGUAUGAAAGUCUCCUGGCAAGUGGACAUAAUGAAUUUGAGAUUAGACGACCCAAAAGUGAAUGGGAUCCCAUCAGCAUAAAUUACACUUCUGGCACAACAUCAAGGCCCAAAGGAGUUGUUUACAGUCACAGAGGAGCUUAUCUCAAUUCCCUUUCGACGGUUUUCCUUCAUGGGAUCGGAGCAAUGCCUGUUUACCUUUGGAAUGUGCCAAUGUUUCACUGCAAUGGGUGGUGUCUCAUUUGGGGAUUGGCAGCUCAGGGUGGCACUAACAUUUGCCUUAGAAAAGUUUGUCCAAAGGACAUUUUUGACAGUAUAGUACAGUACAAAGUGACCAACAUGGGAGGGGCACCAACUGUUCUGAACAUGAUUGCGGACUCACCGGUUUGUGACCGAAAACCACUUCCUCACAAAGUGGAAGUAAUGACAGGGGGUGCACCACCACCCCCUCAAAUCCUUUCCAAGAUGGAAGAGUUGGGUUUCGGUGUGUCUCACUUGUAUGGCCUUACAGAAACUUACGGUCCGGGGACUUAUUGUGCAUGGAAACCUGAAUGGGAUUCACUGCUUCCUGAUGAGAGAUUAAAGUUGAAAACCCGACAAGGGGUGCAUCAUCUUGGCCUGCAGGAUGUUGAUGUAAAAGAUUCUGUCACUGAGGAAAGUGUGCCUGCUGAUGGUAAAAUGAUAGGCGAGGUUAUGUUCAGAGGAAACACUGUAAUGAGUGGGUACUUUAAAGACUUGGAAGCAACAGAGGAAGCUUUCAAAGGCGGAUGGUUCCGAAGUGGGGAUCUUGCUGUGAAACAUCCUGAUGGUUACAUAGAAGUGAAGGAUCGGUUGAAGGAUAUUAUAAUAUCUGGGGGAGAGAAUAUAAGCACAAUUGAAGUGGAAACAGUAUUGUAUGGUCAUCCAGCAGUUCUCGAGGCUGCUGUGGUUGCAAAGCCAGAUGAUCAUUGGGGGCAAACACCAUGUGCAUUUGUUAAGUUAAAAGAGGGAUUUAAUGUGAGUGCUGAAGAUAUAAUUAAGUUUUGCAGGGACCAUUUACCUCAUUAUAUGGCUCCUCGGACUGUGGUUUUUGAGGAUUUGCCAAGAACCUCAACUGGGAAGGUGCAGAAGUUUAUUCUGAGGGAGAAAGCAAAGGCCAUUGGCAGACUCUCUUGAGAAAAGAAAAUUGGUAUUUAAACAUCCAUGUUAUGUUGGAAAAUAAAAGCAUGAACGAAAUUAACAAGAACACGUGUUAAAAAAAGGUAAACAUUGGAAAUUUCUUGAGCAUUUGGAGGAUUACUUGAGUUGCAGUAGUUCAAGUGGUGGGAUGCGGAGGAUGCUUUGCCAGAUUCAGGCGUAUAAUGUGAGGAUAGAUGGUAGAACCACAGUAUAGAUGAGUUCCGAUCUUCACUCCACUUGAAAUCAGCAUUAAAUCUGGAUCAUGGUAAUGUGAAAUUAAUUUCCCCUCCAAAUUCACCGUAAAUACACCAGCAUUCUUCUUUGUUGGCCUUUUUCCCAUGUACUUCAAUGCAAUUGCUGCAAACUUUCGGACUACAGGAUACUUGAAUGCUAGCUUCCAGAAUUGUGUAA